GAACGAUGGCACAGACGAGGACACUCGAAGCAUCGAGACCCCGAACACCAAGAGGGAAAGAAUCAAAGGUGAGAACCUGAAGCUCUGCGGCUCCAUUACAGAGUUCUUCCUGUUCCUGUUGACGUUCUCCUUGGCGAUGUUUCUGAAUCAGUCCGUGGCCACUUCUCGCCUCAGCGACCACAUUCGCCUGAAAUUGAACCCCACGCAUCAUCCGAUCACACGGAUUACUGACGUGGACACGCUCUACGCGUAUCUGGAGGAUGUGUUUGUUCCGGCGCUCUACAAGAACAGCACCGACAUUCAGCUUGCGGAAAGUAUUUCACCGCACCUGAAGCCCAUCGACAUCGCCAACCGCAUGCUGGGCACGGUUCGACUGCGUCAGGUGCGCGUGAAUCUUGAGCAGAACUGUCAGGUGCUCCCAUUGUUUGAACAGUAUAGCGUCAGCUGCUAUCCCAACUAUAGCCCAGGGACUGCGAGCACGACUGCCUACGGUCCUCAAGAGAGGUUUACAUUCUCAGAAGACACGGUGGGCAUUCCCUACACCGGCGCACUCGGUUCGUACUCGGCAGACGGCUUCAUGCAGCUGCUAGCUUCCAACAUGAGUCAGGCCAUGCAGCAAAUCCAGCAGCUCAAAGUCGACGGCUAUAUGGAUGCAGCCACACGUGCAUUCUUCGCGGAGCUCAACAUCUGGAAUUCCAACAUCGGUUUGUACGCCGUUGUCACCUUCGUGGUGGAGUUUGGUGCAAGUGGCGGGACCGCUCAGGAGAUUGUGAUCUCCACCAUGACCGAGCGUGUGCUGACCGUGGGCGGCCUCGGCACAGCGCUGGACUGGUUGGCUUUUGUGCUUCUGAUUCUCGUCAUGAUAUUUGUGGUGCAGUUCAUCUUCGAGGAAGUUCAGGAGCUGUACAGCAGCUGGCGUACCUACUUCUUUGAUGCAUGGAAUCUCCUCGACUGGGCGAACAUGGUCCUGCUGCUCAUCGGAUUCACCUUGCGCAUGCUGCUCUUCUCCGACGCAGCCAAUGCCAACGUGGGGCUCGAGCAGCUCUCCAACGUUGAUUCCUUUCAGAAUAUCUCAGCCCUGGCCAGCGCGGCCACGACAGUUCGCGUUCUCAACGCCUUCAAUUGCGUUCUUCUUUGGGGCAAGGUGACCAAGUACUUGCGGCAUCUGCCGUUGGUGAAGAAUCUGAUCCGAACGGUGUGGACAGCUUUCGAUUUGUUUCUGCCGUUCCUGAUCAUGUUUGGGGUCGCUCUGGUCGGCUUCGUCAUGGCCUUCAACGUAGGCUUUGGGGACAAGGUUGCCGAACUGGCCAACUUCACGACCUCGGCAGUGUACCUGUGCAGGGCCUUCCUGAAGGACGUGCAGCUCAUGCCUGUGUAUGCCAUCACGCCUUUGUUCGGCGCCGGCUUGAUCUUGCUUUUCUACCUUAACAUGAUCGCCUUUGCUGAUGACGAUGCCAAAUCUAUGGCUGCGUCUUUGACAACUGUUGCACCCCAUGUUCUGGUGGAAAUCCUCUCCUACAUCACGCACGACUCACGUCGGCUGAAGACCUUUGGUGUGGUGUGCAAAGCUCUCACCGCAACUCUGGACGAGGAGAGCGCCUGGUGGCAUCUUUGCCAGCGGUAUUGGUAUGCUACUGACGACAGGCUGAAGGAGUGGCCGAAGCUCUCAGCACGAGGCUUGUACCGAGCUUUGGAGCAAUGGAUGCCAUUGGAAGGUUUCUAUGUUUUGGCAGGCGCCUUCCCCUGGGGCCUCAUAGCACUGCUGCGCAUCGUCGAGGGCCGUUUGUGCGGCUACAUCGUGCGCUUCAUGCCCAAAGACGACGGAGAGUUCGCAGAAGUCCAGGUGCCAUUGUUUGAAGUGUCAAUCGUGGAAGACAGGCCUGGGAUUAUCAGGAGCUCUUUGACGGCAUCUUGGCUGUCUGGCGCGGCUAAUCUGGCACCUGUGGAAGUGGAGGACAUCUUGGCCUACACGCAGGAAUCUGGGAUCUUCUUCUCUCGGCGCCUCAGCGAGGCCGCGCUGUUUACUCCUCGUCGGGCGCUGCGUCUAGCAAGCGAGGCCUCGGCACAUCAUCAAACACCUGAAAAGCCUGCCACGACCGUGGCCGGCGAUGGCUCAGGCUACGCAGCGCACACCGUUCAGAUGCCGCUGAAUCCCCCAAGUCUACCAGAUGAUAGCGAGGAGGACCGGGACUCUGACGAUGACGCGCGGCCAGCGGUCUGCAGCAGUGCGUCUUGGAGGGUUGGCGAGCUGGACAAGUCGGAGGAGUCGCUUCUCCAUCGCACGCAGGAAAUGCUUCGGGACAUGCUCGGACAGUUUCCAUGCGACUUGGCCCUCAUCCGCAGCCCGGACGAGUUUGUGCCUUUGGAUCCUUCUGUGCCCGGACUGAGACCUGGCCUCUAUGUGGGGGAUUAUGGGCAUCGCUUCUACGGUCAGUUUCGCACCGAAGUGCUGCUCCUGGACUACAUGCACCUAACAGCAGACGAACUCCGAGAAGAGGUUCAGAUGCCACGGCGGCUCUUCAUGCGCCCACGCGGCGAGAUGCCUCCUGCAGAGCUGGCCGCGCUCGCGGAGUUGGACAUGCCGAUUGACUUCAUGCGCGGCGUCAAGCAAUGUGGCGACGUGCAUGUACCUCUUGGUGCGACCACCUUCGUGGCAGUGUGCUCUCCGCCACAGGCUGUGGCAGUGCUGGCUGCGGGAGUGCAACCCCCCGCACGAGUUCUGGAUCGGCAGACCGGACAGUCGGCCGUGGUUGCGCGGUCCUGGCGGGGCUUUGGCACGUUGGCCAUGCCAGGCUUUCAACAUCCGAGCUGGGCACAGGGUUGGCUGGUUCAGCUCCAGGCUGCAGGAGCACAUCGAUUUGGCUUUGUUUGGGACCAGAACCAGGAUGCAGUUGUGCUCAAAUGGCUGGUCCUCCAGGACACGUGCCCUUUUCUGCAAAGAAGCUGGCUUCCUGUCGGGCUCGCUUUGAUGUUCGCGAUGAUGGCAGACGCGCUGUUCAUCGCAAAAUACAGCAAGGAGCGGGAAGCCCGGAAUGCUGAACAGGCAUACUGGAAUGAGGACGAGCCCCUCGAGGAGGUUUAUCGGAGGGUCAGCGGCUUCAUCCAGAGAAUCAUGAUCCGCUUCUUCCCCAUGAUCUACGUCAGAUACCGGAAGAUGACCGAAAGGUUGUCGACGCCCGAUGACGAUGCGGGCUCUGACACCUCCAGCAAGGGAAGGCGCAAGCAGGCGGCCCUGGAGGACAAGAACGAGCGCGGAAGCGCUGGGGGUGGCAAGAAAUCGACAGAUGAUGAUCUUCAUUCGAGCCACUCCGGCUUCAGCCACGACAGCAGCGAAGGGCCGCUGAAGCCUGGGGCAGAGGAGCUCAAGCGAGCCAUUGAGCACAUGUCCGGACGGAUUCUGUCGGAGCUCACCUUGGUGGGAAUUGAGGUCAAGUCCGAGCUGCACGAUGUGACCGAGCGAAUUGCUCAGAUGCAGAUGGCUGUCGAAGAGCUCGCCUGGAGAAUGGACAAGGUGCGAAGUGAUCAAGAUCAAGAAAUGGCUGAUCCAGAAGAUGCCAUGUGCAGACAGCAAUAUGCGAUAUCCACAAGUCGUGUCAAAUUAAGCGAAGCAUGUGCGGAGUUUUUGAAGUUUGACUACAACACCGCAUUCCUGAUGACGACGAAAACAGGGUCCACGGAGCUGCGGCACCUCGUGGACGGGCCGCCGUUCCCAUUGGCUGCUGCAGGCGCUCUGCUGCAGCUAGGAACUGUUCACUACGUCUGGUACGCGUUUACAUCGGCACAUGACUGCCUUGCGGAUCCAAUCAGCUGCCUGGCACGGCCCUGGGAUGCAGAUCCAUUCGGCCGGACCGUGGUCUUUGUGGACGCAUUUGCGCUCUUCAUGUGGUUCAUCUCCCUGCGCACGCUGCCGGGCACCGGAACUUCCGACCCUUCAAUCGUCGACCGGCUGUGGUCGAUCAUGCCCUGGCUCUAUGCUUGGCAAUGGUUCGCUGCUUCCUGUAUGCAGGGCUUCAACAGCCGUCUGCUUAUUAUGGCUGUGCUCUCUAGUAUCUGGGGCUUCCGCUUGACUUACAACUUCUGGAUCAAGGGCGGCUUCAGUGGUGGUGAGGACUAUCGCUGGGCAGUCGUGCGCCGAUGGUAUCCAGGUUGGCAGUGGGAGGUUUUCAACCUCCUCUUUAUCUGCCUCUUCCAGCAGUGCGCGAUCCUGGCCUUUACUGUCCCAGCAGUUGCAGCGCUCCAAUCGGACGCGCCCCUGACCUGGCUGGACAUGGUGGCAAUGUGUUUGUACUUGCUCCUUUGCCUGGGUGAGGCCAUCGCAGACGCGCAAAUGUUUGCAUUCCAGACGGAGAAGUACCGCCGCAGAGCGGCGGGCGAAGAGAUGGGAGUUUACGGAAAAGGAUUCAUCCAAAGCGGUCUCUGGGCCUGGUCGCGGCACCCCAACUACUUCUGCGAAGUUGCGAUGUGGUGGGUCUUCUACCUUUUCAGCAUACCUGCUACCGGAAAGACGGUCAACUGGACCAUUUUGGGACCCCUCUUCUUGAGUGGGCUGUUCCUGAUACCUGGGGCAUCUCUGGAUAUAACGGAAGCGCUUUCCUCCAGCAAGUACCCGGAGAAGGCUUGCUGGCUGAAGCUUGAGUUGAGUCGUGGAGAGAUGCCUUGGAGAAAAAGCGCGUGGACCGCUUUCGGUGUUUGUCGCUGCUGCACCUAA